CAAAAAUCGAAACGGAACCGCUAGUUGCCCACUCGUACUCGUACCGUACGUAUCGACUUACUGCUGUUGCAGUGCCCUAACGCAACUUGCAAGGACCAAAAAAUUAUCACUUUAGUCAUGGCCUUGGUCGACGCUUACUACGUCUUCAGGGCCUUUACUGGCCUUGGGUUUUACUCGCAAUGGAUUGUCAUGAUGCAGAACGGCUCUUUCAUGACAAUGCUUUGGACCAAUCUGAAAGGAGUGUUUCCCACUGGCACCCCUGUCAAGACUUCCUGGACAGGCAUUUGGCCCGUUGACUUUGUUCUCGGCCUGCUAGUUGUCUUUUUUGGCGCCGUCAACAACGUGGCAGACUUGAGCGAUCUUGGUCCAUUCCUGAUGCUGGUGGAUCUCGUCUUUGCACUGGUUGUCUUCAACAUCAUGACAUUGGUUGAAGAUCGACGAAACAGGAAAACAGGUCCACUGAGAUAUCCGGCGGUAUGGCAGUUCUUGUGGAACUGGUGUGGCGCGGCUUCCGUGCUCCCCGUGUAUUGCCACCUGUACGUGUCCAAGAGACUAGGCAGCAAGACUUCGCUCCUCUCAAACGACCAGGCCCAGGCCCUACCACUUACGGCACUCUGGAGUAUCGUCAUUUCGCUCCCGCUCUUGCUUCCUUCAGCCCUGGGAGCCCAGCCGUUUGAUAUCCAGGAUGGCGUGGUAGUCUGGUUCUUUGGCCCUUUCUUCCUGGGCCUGUUCCAAGACCUUGUCAGCGUCCUGUUUUCUGGAGAAAACUACAAGGGAAUUCGCAAGCCAGUGACUCUCGCUUACUGGAUUGUUGGCCUCACCAGCGCUGUGGUCCACAUUGGAGUUGCAGUGUGGGCUUACACUGCUCCCGAGUUAUCGUGGUAUCGCGUUUACUGGCCUAAUCAUGCUGCUGUCAUAGCUGACAGCCCGACUUACAUGACUGAAGGUGCAAUGCUCUUCAUGCAAUAUGACCAUGUCCUCAUCUACCUGUGUGUGAUCGGCAUGGGGCUGUACAUGCUCAGUCCUCAGAAGGCUAUAACUUCUACCUUUCUGGGAGAGAAGAUCAGGGCGGGCUGGCCGAUGGUAAAACUCACUGCCAUUACCGCAGCUGCAGGGCCCGGAGCGGGUCUGGCAUGGCUGAUGUGCCACAGGGAAGGGGAGUUGGAUGCGGCAGCCGAACAGAGGAAACGCAGAUGAAUAGGCGAAUUUGUUUUGUUGAACACUAGCAGGAAUUGCCGUAGCUGGGGCUCGGAUGGUUAAUGACCGAGAGGCGGAAGUCUAGCCCGUAGGAGCUGCAUGUAAGCGAAGUAAGCAAGGGGACAUGGGGCUGUAUCGUUGAACACGGUGGAUACAGUAAUGGAGGAUGUGGCUGAGAGGUAUAUUUUGGCAUAAUAGGAAUUCCUUAUAUGUACAGAUAAUGCAACAUGCAUGCAUGAAACAGACUGAUACCUUCCUAGAGCAUUGGUAGUUUGUGAUGUUGUUGGCGAACAAUCAAACCUC